CGUCGAAGAAAGGUUAUGACCUUAGGGACGAAAUCGUGCACGUUGUCGCGCGGGACACGACUUCCCUCGCGCACUCGCAUUUCGAUAGUUAGCGCAUUCAAUCGUGUUUCAGUCGAGUUCAAAGUGCGCAGGGAAUAACCUCGCUUAAGCACGAUGGCAGAUUCGGAUCAUAAGAUUGAAGCUGACGAAGCUUCCGAACCGAGUAAAAAUCCACAACAUUCCGAUUCAGACAAUUCUGAUUCAAACAGUCGUGAUUUGGUCCGUCCUGUUGUGAGCCAAUCUCUUCAUUCGCCCCGUGUCCGUAACGAGCAAGAAAACCCUGAUUCUAACGAUUCUGAUGACGGUCAGACAUUGAUAAAAAAGGUAGCUCAAGAUGAAGACACGUUGCUCAAGCUAAUUGCAAAAUAUGUCACUUCCAUCGCCGACGAAGCGUUUACACGUGACGAUCAUCUCUUCCGAAUCGGAGUCUCAGGUGGUUCAAUGGUAACAUUAUUGACUAAGGCUCUGAUGAACAUUGAAACUCAGUGGCAAAACUGGCGAUUCUUCUUCUGUGAUGAACGAGUAGUACCCUUUGGGGAUUCUGAAUCUACUUUUGGUCUUUACAAAAAGAAUUUCUUAGAUAAGAUACCUGUCACUGAAGAUCAAUUUAUAAAAAUUAAUCCUGAACUUGAUGCCGAGAAUGCUGCAAAGGAUUACAUUCAAAAAAUGGCUUUCUUCUUCCCGCCGGAUAGAUUACCGCAGUUUGAUUGCUUGAUGCUGGGCGUGGGUCCGGAUGGACAUACAUGCUCGCUCUUCCCAGGGCAUCGGGCUGUCGAUGACGAGAACGUAUGGGUUACAUGGGAGUUGAAUGCGCCAAAGCCACCUCCCAGUAGGAUCACCCUUACUCUGCCGGUUAUCAAUAAUGCUCGUAUGUGUAUAUUUAUCGCUACUGGUGAGAGCAAGGCCGACAUAGUCAAGAGAAUCUUAGUAGAUGAGGAUAUGGAUCUACCAGCCAGCAAAGUGAUUCCGGACGCUGGCAAACUGGUCUGGCUACUUGAUCUAAGGUCGAACGCGCUAACUAAUUUCAAAGUGAAAUAAAUCACUGGUCAAAAAUAAGAUCAUCAUUGAGUUUAUACAUACAAGAGUUUUACAUUCCUUACACUUAAGCCACUCUAUAUAAUUCCACUGUAUUGUAUUUAGUUCGAUACUUCUACUAUGUGCACUUUCAUCAUUACACUUUCUAUCAAAAAGAAAAAGAUAGGAUUUUCAAAUAAGCGAUACACGCUCGUAACGAAGAUAUGUAAAACUUGUUUCUAAGAAACUAAUUUCAAAUAGGAUACUUAUGACUGAUCUAGCUUGUAUUGUUUUGUGAUAAUGAUAAGAACAUGAUAAGAAUGUACAAUGUACAAUGUUUUGUCAUAACAAAACAAUCAACACUUGUAAAAAAGAGAAAAAGAGGUACUAAGAAAAUAAAAUUUACAACACGGUUUUGGCAAUAAAAUAUGAAAUUUUAUACGUAGCAAAAUGCAACACGAACAGAUAGGAUAAUUUUUUUAUUCUGAAUAUCUGUGAUAACUAAUGUAAAUUUAUUUUUUAUCUAGAUAAAAAAAAGGGAAAAGAAAAAAUUGAACAAGUUUUCUCACAGUGUUGCAAAGAACUGAUUAAAAGAAUGAUAUCGCGAUAAGAAACACAUUUGAAUAUAUAGAGUACCUGAUUUAUAUAGAGUGCAAUAAAAGAAACAUCACAGAAAAAUCUUGUGAUUCUAUUUUCAAUAAAAUCUUAAUGAUAAUUUUAGUAGAAUACUUGUUUUAUUUCGAUAAAUUACACCCAAAAAAUUUAUAUUUACGAUGUGGAAUUAAAUUUGAAGUCUGAAUGAAUGCGAAAUGUUACUAUUUAUUCUUGUCAAAUGCCUGUCAUACAAUAAUUUAAUCGCUAAAUAAUAAAAAUAACAACUUUACAAUUUUAAAUAUUAUUUUCAAGAUAUAUAUAGCUUUUAGUUUAGUACGUAAUAAAAACGUGCAGAACUUUACUAUGUUUCAAUUCGCACGAUUAAUAAAUAUUAUAUUAUAUAAAAAAUUGUAUAUAUAUGUAUAUGUGUGUAUAUGUUAUAUACACAUAUAUAAAUUAACGUAUUUACAUUUUUCUGAUGAAAUGUCAAUCUUGGAACAUAAUUUGAUAACUCACGUACAAUAAGUACUGAUUUUUGUAGUAACAAUUUUAAGAUAAUAAAGUCAGUGUAAGAAACUCCUAUUUCUCAAACAUCAAUGUUAUUACUAAAAAUUAUGAUAAAUUUCUCAAAUCACAGAAUUUAAUUAAAUAAAAAAAUUUGAAGUAAUAUAAAACGAGUAAAAUAUUUUUAUGAUAGUCGAUGAAUAAUAACAUAUCACAUACAAACACAUACUGUAACUAUUGUUGUCCAAGACAAUACUUAUAGUACGUAAGUUAUUUUACUACUUUCAAAUAUUUAUCUAAUAUAAACAACGUGUUUAACUGUACAUACAUUUAUAAUACAUGUAAAUACAUAAUAUACAUAGCUUGUAAGUCGCAAAAGUCGUUCUAGGGGAAUGAAUGGUAAUAACCGGAACGUCCAUAAAUCGCAGCAGUUUACAAAGUUGAGUGACAUGUGUACCAAGUACUAACAAGGUCGAGAUAAAACUGAGCGCCGUGUGAUUUACAAUACAAUAAUUAAUACUACGAAAUUAUAUGCAAAACUCAAUCUCUUGGAUUGCAGAGAAGAAGAUAUUAAAGAAACAUAAAAUAGAAAAAAAUGUUAUAAAGUCAAAAGAGUUUUUUAUUGAUUUUUUCUUGUAGAGAGAAAGUUUUUCAAUCAAAAUAUUCAGAGUAAUUUUCAUACGAAGAGAGAAUAAAAUUAUACUUAUAAAAUUCUAGAAGAACAAAACUUUCUCAAUAAAAAAGAAAAAACAUGA